GUGGAGCAAGGACAUUUGGAUUUCCUCGGAAUAUUUUCGACGCGAUGGUUUCAAUUUGCAUUGGAGUUAUCAGUGAUUAUUAUUCCCAAUUUUCUAAACGUGACAUUUAAUUCAAGUCAAUUCCAGUGUUUCAUUUUGCAUUUCAGUCGUCAUUUUUUUGCUCUUUCAUAUGUCGCUCAAAAGGCUACAGUCCAUUAUUCUGGUGAUGAUGAUAAUAAUUAUUAUUCGUUUCAGAUCAAUGAUAGCAGAGGCUGGUUCGAAAACUUUGUUGAAAGUGGUAUGAUGCUCAAAUCUUACUUGUGUUCCCGCUCGCGGAUUUAUAUGAAGUAUAGUUUAAGCUCAAUUUCCCAAUACAACGAUGACUGACUCAUAAACGAUGUUAUUAUUGCCAUGUACACAUAUGGCCAGUAAGUGGCACUGUUGCUGAUAGCUCGAGGAGGAAAACGAAGAAGACUUGUGUGGUGACGCAAUCACUCUGCGCCCGAUACCGAAGUCGUUAAGCUAGCAACAUGAACUAAAGGUGUAGAAAACCAGUCGUCAUGACAGACGUGGACGAGCACGGCAAUGGCGGCCCUGUGUGCGUCGCUUUCGUCUCGGUGUUAUCCUGUCUGCUGCUCGCUUGCUCUUACGUUGGGAGUUUGUACGUGUGGAGGAGUGAGCUGCCCAGGGAUCACCCGGCUGUCAUCAAGCGGCGCUUCACCAGCGUGCUGAUCGUCUCCGGCAUGUCGCCUCUUUUUGUGUGGGCGUGGAGGGAAUUCACCGGCAUCAAGACGUUGCCGUCACUCCUGGCGAUCAUGGGGAUCCGCUUUGAAGGCGUCGUACCCGCAGUCGUCCUCCCUCUGCUGCUCACCAUGGUCUUGUUUCUGGGCCCCCUGACGCAGUUGGCGAUGGACUGUCCCUGGACCUUCAUGGACGGCAUCCGGGUGGCCUUUGACCCGUGCUUCUGGAUGGUGUGUUUCAGCGACAUGCGCUGGUUGAGGAACCAGGUGGUGGCGCCGCUGACGGAGGAGCUGGUGUUCCGGGCCUGCAUGCUGCCCAUGUUGGUGCCCUGCGUCGGCCCGGCCGCCGCCAUCCUCACCUGCCCGCUCUUCUUCGGAGUCGCCCACUUCCACCACGUCAUCGAGCUGCUGCGUUUCCGGCAGGGGACGCCGUCCGGAAUAUUCCUGUCGGCAGUGUUCCAGUUCUCCUACACGGCCGUGUUUGGCGCUUACACGGCCUUCAUCUUGAUGAGAACAGGUCACCUGGUGGGCCCGGUGCUUUGCCACUCGUUCUGUAACUACAUGGGUUUCCCGGCCAUCAGCGCGGCCCUGGAGCACCCCCACCGCCACGCCGUCCUCUCCUCUUACCUCCUGGGGGUCUUCCUCUUCCUCCUUUUCCUCUUCCCCUUCACCGACCCCGCCUACUACGCUCCCCCCACGCCGUUGUGUACCUUGACCUCUUCCUCCAGCGCCCUCUGCCUCCCUUCUUCUUGAUCCCGGCCUGUCCCGCUCUCUCUCUUUCUCUCUCUCUCUCUCUCUAUCUGUCCGUCUGUCCUUCCCCUUGGUCCCCGCAGAGGUUGAGGAUACGGAUGAUACAGAGCUCAGGUCCGCUCCCCGAAAGACGGCAUCCGCCGUGUUCACUUGACGUGCGUCGGGCUGGUCCGAGGCAAACCUGGAUUUAGUCUAAAGAUGUGCAGCAGGAAAAAUUCCUCACCGCGAGCUCGGUCGCUAACGACGACAGCCGGGAGGCACCGUGUACCGUGUCUCGCGCGGACGCGAAGACCAUCGGAAUUCUCCGUCUCGUAGUCGGCGGCGGGAGCGCCGAUGUUCCUCAAGUCGGUCAAAGUCAGAAAAAUGUGAGGUGGAUGCGUCCCUUUUCUUUUAUACUGCGAUUGUGACCACUACGUUGUUUACAUGCACAAUAAUCCUCGACUGGGAAUAUCAGCGGUGCUUUUGGCAAAAAAAAAAAAAAAAGCAAAA